UGGCCCAAUGACCUCAGGAAAUGGUCCAGCUCCUUCGCUGGCACCACACUUCUGUAGCUCCUUACCUGUCUCACUUCCCUCUGCAGCCACUUCCUGCCCCACAGCUCUGUCCUGGCUUCUGCUACCUUGUCUGACUCUCUAUUUAAGACACAGAGAACCUCUGCAGGUGUUGGCCCCAUCACCCCUUCUGAGGUUGCCUGGUCUCCUGCAGGCCUGCUGGGCAGAGGCCUUUUCCAGAGAGGAGGUUGAUCUGCCCAGCUGCCCUCCUUCUCCAAUAAUAACCACUGGAAAGCUCACGUCCAUCAUGCCCUAAUGGGCACAGCCAGGGAGCAGAAGCCCUUGCUGUGGCAGCAUCCCUGGUGAGAUUAACUGGUGCCCUUACCAGAAGUCCAGGCUGGUCACCUUUGUCGCCGCUUGCAAAACAGAGAAAUUCCUCAUCCACUCGCAGCAGCCAUGCCCACAGGAGGAUCCGGACUGCCAGAGAGUCAAAGUCAUGUAUCGGGUGGCCCAAAAGCCAGUGUACCAAGUCAAGCAGAAAGUACUGCUCACCGUGGCCUGGAGGUGCUGCCCCGGCUUCAAGGGCCCCAACUGCCAGAACCAUGAUCCCACAGCAACAUUCGAGCCUUCAGAGCCAGGUGAUGGCCUCCAGGAGUCUUGGGUCCAGCUGGGCAGCUAUGCACAUGGCCACCCUGCUGCAGAGCUCAGUGAGGUGGAGGAGCAGCAGGAAAGGCAGAAGCGCCUCCUGAGAGAACUCCAGAAUGACCAGGAAGCAGGCAGCCUCCCAGCUGUGACAACAGAGGUGAAUCAAACAGCGCUUGGGCUUUCUGGCAGGUCUUUGGAGCACAUGCUACUGCCCCACGUGGACACCUUCCUUCAAGCACACUUCAGCCCCAUCUGGAAGAGCUUCAACGAGAGCCUGCACAGCCUCUCCCAGGCUGUAAGAAACCUGUCGCUUGAUGUGGAGGCCAAUCGACAAGCCAUCAGGAGGGUCCAGGAGGACAGGGUGGCCAGGGCUGACUUCCAGGAGUUUGGAGCCAAGUUUGAGGCCAAGGUCCAGGAGAACAGCCAGAGAGUAGGCCAGCUGCAGCAGGAUGUGCAGGAGCGCCUGCACACCCAGCACCGUGCCCUGAACCGCUGGCUCUCUGAGGUCCAGGCAGAUGUGGACAGCAAGUUAAAGCAGCUGCUCAAUGGCAGCCUGGUAGUGGGAUCUGUAGGGGCGGCAGCAAGGCCAGAGCCGGAGAGCCUGCAAGCCAGGCUGGGUCAGCUGCAGAGAAACCUCUCGGAACUGCAUGUGGCUGCCAGCCUCAGGGAGGAGGAGUUGCAGAGCACCCUGGAGAACUUGCAGGCCACCGUGGCCCAGCACAUGGAAGAAAUUAAGGAGCUGUACUCUGAAUCGGAUGAGACCUUCGCUCUGAUCAGCAAGGUGGAGGGGCAGGUGGGGGAGCUGCAGGUGAACCACACUGAGCUGCGCGAGCUGCGGGUGAUCCUGAUGGAGAAGUCUCUGAUCAUGGAGGAAAACAAGGAGGAGAUGGAGCGGCAGUUCCUGGAGCUCAACCUCACCCUCCAGCACCUGCAGGACAGCCAAGCCGACCUCAUCAAAUAUGUCAAGGACUGCAACUGCCAGAAGCUCUCCUUUGACCUGGAUGUGAUUCGGGAGGACCAGAAGGACACCACCCGCGCCUUGGAGGAGACCCAGGUGAGCCUGGAUGAACAGCGCCAGCUGAACGACUCCUCCCUACAGGCCCUGAGAAUUGCGGUGGACGCCAUGUCGCAGACAGUGGACACACACAAAAAGGAAGGCGAGGUGGCACGGGCCGACAGGUCCCGGCUCCGGACCAAGCUCUGGGCGCUGGACCGCGACGUGAAAACGCUGAAGGCGGCAGCCAGGGACACCGUCCGCGAGGUCCGCGGGCUGCACAGCUCCUUCGCCGCGCUGCUGGAGGACGCGCUGCGGCACCAGGCCGUGCUGGCUGCGCUCUUUGGGGAGGAGGUGAUGGAGGAGAUGUCCCAAGAGGAGCCCGGGCCUCUGUCCCUGAGUUACGAGCAGAUCCGCGUCGCCCUGCAGGACGCCGCCAGCGGGCUGAAGGAGCAGGCGAUCGGCUGGAUUGAGCUGGCCACCAGGGUGACGGCCCUGGAGCAGGCCGCGAAGUCCCCAAGGCCAGAAGAGCGCCCGGAGCUCAGCCACGACGUGGGGCAGGAGGAGACGGGAGCCAUGGCCCUGGCAGAGCUGAAGCAGGAGCUCCAGAAUCUGAGCUCCAAAGUGAAGCGCCUCGGGCAGUGCUUCCAGGCCUCCUGGGCCACAUCCCUCAAUGGCUCCCUCCAGGACCUCCAGAACACCCUCUCCACCACAGAGCACGACCUGGAGGAGCACCAGCGGCUCUUCCACAGCCUCUUUGGGAACAUCCAAGGGCUGGUGGCAUCCAACGUCAGCCUAGACUUGGGCAAGCUGCAGGCCAUGCUGAACAGGAAAGGGAAGAAGCUGCAGAAAGGCGAGAAAGCAAGGGUCAAGAAGCUAGUGGAGCCUUUGGUGGAGAGGCGUGCCAAAGGGCUGGAGCAAGGUGCCAUGGAAGCAGAGCCUUUGGAGGCAGCUUCUCCUGUGGCCUUCUAUGCCAGCUUUUCAGAAGGGACAGCUGCCCUGCAGACAGUGAGGUUCAACACCACAUCCAUCAACAUUGGGGGCAGUUACUUCCCUGAACACGGCUACUUCCAAGCCCCUAAACGCGGUGUCUACUUAUUUGCAGUAAGCAUUGAAUUUGGGCCUGGCCUAGGCACAGGGCAGCUGGUGUUUGGAGGUCACCAUCGAACCCCAGUCUACAGCACAGACCAGAAGGAUGGGAGCACAGCCACUACCUUUGCUAUGGCUGAGCUGCAAAAGGGUGAGAGAGUAUGGUUUGAGUUGACCCAGGGGUCAGUGACAAAGAGAAGCCUGCCUGGCACUGCAUUUGGGGGCUUCCUGCUGUUCGAGACCUGAACCCUAGGCCCAGUUUGUCAGCCAUCAUGGACUCACCUGCUCUCCUUGAACUGGGGCUCUGGCCAGUGAUGGCUUGGAGAUCACCCAGUUGGUCUAGCUCUUUCAUGGAAACCUUCUGCAAAGAUGAUGUGGUGUACAGUAUGUGCCUCCUCCAGGGUACUCCAUGAGGAGACUGGAAUACUGCUGUCUGAGCUGGUCCUGGCCUUGGAAGUGGAAUUCAUUUCGCUCCGAAUGCCUUCCUCUCCACCCCCCUGGACUGGACUCAUUGCCACACUCUGAAUUCUACAACCUCUUCAGUGUUUCAUUCCUCCUGUGGUUGAAACUUCUGUACAAUAUUUAAUUUUUUUUUGCUUCCUCUUCUCCCUAAACAUAUUCUAGAAGGAAUGAUUAAAAUGGAGGUGAUGGGCCAGGUGGACCCCAGUGGGUAGCAGAGCACUCAUCUAGCAUGCCUGAGGCCGUGGGUUCCAUCGCUGGAGGUGACAUUUAAGCCAAAACUAGAAAGCAGUCUCUGACCAUCAUAGGGCAGUGAGAUGAAAGCAACCCUCUUGGUCUUUACCAGUCAGACAUGGAGCAAAGGCCUAGCUGAAUCAACCAAGGGAAACAGUAUAUCUUUUUAAGUUUCAGUCAUUCCUUGUCUUCAUCUGAAUCUAUAAUUUUAAUCUCAUGUCUUUUUCUCUUCGCCUUGUUCAGGGUAAGGGCCAAGACAUGGCAAACAGGGAUGACGAUGUGUGACACCUCCAUGUUUUUCACUGACUCCAGUAUCUUUCUUUUUGGAAGUACUGGGGUUUGAACUCAGAGCCUCAUGCUGGCUAGGCAGAUGUUCUACCACUUAAGCCACAUUCCCAGCCCUUCCUCCAGUGUCUUAUAAGUGAUCUAAUUCUUGUUAGCAUCUCUAACCAGGGAAGAAGUGAAGAAAUACUGUAAACAUCUCUCGCCACAGUGAUCAGCUUUGGAAUAAAGCAACACCCAUUGAAUCUCUGCCUUGUUUACUUAUGGAGAGCAAAAACAUUGAAAAAGUACAUAGAAAUAAGGGACAAAAUGCAACUUUGGGAUAAAUGUGACUUAUUAUUCCAGGCCAUAUCUGACUUCAACAACUUCAGUUAAUUCUACAUAAAAUAUCCAGAGGCCUCCACAUUGGGUAAUGACAUUGAUACUGAACAGUACGGCUAAGACAGCAAUUACUCCUAUAAGACUGACAUAUGGUUCACGAACAUUUUCA